GUUGCUGAUGAGAAAUGCACGUACAUUGGACAACCAGAGUCAACACAGAAACGUGCUCUACGUAUCCCGUUUAACGUCAGAUUGUAAAUAUACAAUUAGAUGAAAUGAUAGGCUCCGUAGACAGCUACACGAACCUUCUACACGGAGAAUCACGCACUUCGCUUGUUUUUUAUUUACAACGCCUAUAUCGACAUUGGGAUUAUGUUAUUAUUAAUUGAAUGAAACUUCCAAACUAUACGGACCGGCAGAGAUAUAUGCAACAAGGAUUUAUAUAUGAGGCUGUCUUAAACGACAGUACUUCCUAUAGACGUUUUUGUCUUCUCGAGACCAGUUGAAUACUUCAUAUCAGCUAUUUUCUAAGGAUGUAAAGUCGCUCUGUUAGAUCGUACACAGUGAAUUGCAGAGCUUACAUCUCCUGACGCGCCAGUAACUGUAGCAGCGAUGCAAUAGGACCGUCGAACAGUUCAUUACCGGCAGAUGUCACAAUAACGGUAGAAUGUUGGACCGUUGGACAUACUCGGGAGCGAAAUGUGACCCCAUGGACAGUAUCAAGCACAAGAGGAUGUCAGAAACAUAAUUCCAGAGUGUUCUACGUCACAGCAAUCCGAGAUGACUAGCCAAUACAUACCUCCGAGCUCCAACAGAAGCGACCUAGAACUCAUCAUGGCAGAACCGUCAUCCUUUACUCUUCCCGCCAUUUGUAACUAUUCUUACUUUGAAGAUCGAGACAAUGAGACUUUCGGAACUCACCACAGUGGCGCUACUAUUAUAUCCCCAGUGUUAAUGGGCUCCGCGGGGAUCAUUGGAAACAUCUUGGCACUUUAUGUGCUCCACAAGAAUAAAAGUUCCUCUGUUUUUUAUACACUAGUGGCAGGAUUAGCCUGGACGGAUUUGUCCGGAAUUAUCCUAACUUCCCCUGUCACCAUUCUGGCUUACAGCAAUGGUCGGAAAUGGGUCGGAGGAGAUAUAUUGUGUAAAUUUAACGGUUUUGUGAUGAUAUGUUUCGGACUAUCAACUCCACUUAUCGUGUGUGCAAUGGCUAUAGAGAGAUUUCUAGCCAUAAAAUACGCUUUCAUACAUUCCCAACGAUGUAAUUAUGGCUGCGCACGGAUUAUUCUAAUAGCGUUGUGGAUUGUCGUGCUGCUAUUUGGAGUUCUCCCCCUCUUUGGAAUCGGUACUUACACGGUACAGUACCCUUGCACGUGGUGCUUUCUAGAUUUCCAUAGUAAUAACCCAAUUGCUAAUUCAUAUGGUUAUCUUUACGCUUCUGUUAAUCUCGCAGUUGUGCUAAUAAUGACGUCAUGUAAUUGCUACGUCAUGUUUGCCCUGUUACGGGUAAGGUGGUUGAAAAGAGUUGCAAUAUCUCAAAAUGGAAACUUAGAAGUGUGUGAACUUAAUGGUGGGAGAAGGUAUCGGCGGAAAAAGAAAAACCAGCGGGAUAUUGAGCUACAGAUGAUUAUAUUGAUGUGUGUGCUUACCACGGUGUUCGGCAUGUGUUGGGCUCCGCUAAUGGUACAAAUAGUAGUCACUAUGGCCACCGGAAGACACAACUACGUCAUAGACCUUACUGUGAUCCGAUUGGCUAGCCUUAAUCAGAUGUUAGAUCCUUGGAUUUACAUUCUACUCCGGAAGACUAUUCUUGACAAACUGAAACUAAGUUUUAAAAAAGUCUUCUGCUUUUGUUGUCCGACUCAAGAGGUAGAGGAAGGUACAGACCAAAAUGCGCAUGCUCAUCAUCUUAGAUGUUUCCGUAAGCAAUACAAUACUGCAGGACCGCAGCAUCUGUGUCACUAUCAGAACAUACCGGCGGGAGUAGGGUCGUGUCGAAAUCACUCAAAGAAAUGUUCUAAAAGAUCAGACGGAAGUAGGAAUAAAAAACAUUCACUUCCGGAUGUUAUGAGAGAGGCACACUCACUCAGUCCCCAGGGUGACUUGCUGAGACCGGAUGUUGCAGCUGGCGACACCUACAAUGAAAUAUGCAAUCAAUGUCAAUCAACUCAUACUCAUUCAAAAUUAGAGAAAAAAUCGUCGGUCCCGAUAGAAUGUGCUUACGCUAACAGUGUACUUAUGGGACAACAGUGUAACCAUGGUUCUGAUGACGACAGUGACAGUUCAACGAGCCAUGAACACUGUAACAUUUGCUCGGGUGUGGAAGAGUCGCAGACUAACGAUGUAUUCUCCGAUCCGGCGGUAGAGACCCUAGAGUCAGAGGUGUUCAUGACAAAAACCACAACCAACAGCGGAGGUGGUGGAGGGGAGUCCAACAACCUUCUACAGGCUCCCGUGUCCAGUUCCCGCCGCCACCUCUACUCUGACGUCAUUCCAUCGUUUAGGUCAUUUCGCCUUCCCAGACGAAAGAGUAAAAGGAUCAAGUCAGCAACCUGAUGUGUUAGCCGUCGAUAUGUUCAACGGGAGACAACUGUGACAUUUUCUGCAUUACCAAAAUAUCUAUGUGAUAAUGUUCAAAGGGAGACAACUGUAUGAAAUGUUUUGCAUUACCAAAAUCUAAUAUUGAUAAUCAAGCGUCAGUGUUGAUCAAAAAGGAAAAGGUAAUGCUGUAAAACUCCUCUCUGGGAAGAUUUUUUGUGAUUGGUAACUUAGUUGAUUACUUUAUUACACAUUUGAAACGUUAAAUCAAUUAUAAUAAUUCUACCACGUCGCAGAUGAAACGAUUUCAGUUUUUCUAUCGAUUUAUAUGCGAGACUGUUACACCCUGAACAAAUACAAACCAAAACUUAUCUACUCGGCGGGUUCCAUAAUAUCCAGGUCCUGACCUGACUUGGCGAAACUCUUACAUCGUAAGGCAAUACGACUGAUCGCUUGACGAAUUGUUUACACGCACAUAGGAACAGCCAAAUUGUACAACAGAUUAUCUACGUUGCGCCGCUUUGUAAGCAAAAAUACAUUUCGUUAAAUCGGACGUGGUAAAGUAGAUUUUAUCAUCAUGUAAUAUUAACCAUUGUUUGGUAUUGCAACAAUAUAACCCUACCAAAUUCAGAAGGCACGCAUAACAGUAUACAGUUG